GAAUUCUUUGUUGUUAUUCGGUAGCCAAACAAGACCUUUUCUGCUUCUUUCUUUCGCCUGUUCCAUUCCAUAGCGCAGAAACUGUGUCACGUGAAAACCAUAAUUUCAAGAACUGUCUGCUAGUUUCUGGUAUUCCGACCGACCAAUUAGCCUUUUUCCGGCGAGACCCAGAUGGAGAAAGAGCCACUCCUCCCUUCUUAUCUCAGCCCCAGAGCAUCACCCCACACAUACCCAUCUCCUAUCUCCCUCUGCCCUUUACCUGAACACGAUGAAAUUUCAAUCCCUCCUGUCCCUGUCCCUCUUACCCCUUCUGAACUCAAAGAACGCAUUAUAUUUGGUCCCCUUGAAGCUACUGCCACUGCUAUUGAUGCUUUGACCUUGAACUUAGACCUCCCUGGUUCUUCAUCUUCAACCAAUCUUGAAACAGCUGAUAAUCAGAAUUCUUGGUUGCUUGACCCAAAUUACCCUUCUUGGACAAAGAGUAAUCUUCAUAGGUCUAAAACAGCACCAGCAAUGGCUGUUAUAAAUGAUUUUGAGCAUUCAUCUGUUUCUAAGCCACCCCAAUUUGGGAAAAUUUCAAUUGUUGGACAAGGGGUUGUGCUUUUGAUUCUUUACUUGACACUUGGGGUGGCUAUCUAUUCUUUUUUUAAGGACCAUUUUAAAGCUACUGAGACUCACCCCAUUGUUGAUGCUUUGUAUUUUUGCAUUGUUACUAUGUGUACUAUUGGUUAUGGUGAUAUAACUCCUGAUAGUACACCUACAAAGUUGUUCUCUAUCUUGUUUGUACUUGUGGGUUUUGGUUUUAUUGAUAUUUUGCUUAGUGGGAUGGUUAGUUAUGUGCUUGAUUUGCAAGAGAACUACCUGUUAAGGAGUAUUAAAAGUGGGAAUUCACAUGAUGCUAGGUCUUAUAUUAUUGAUGUGAAGAAGGGUAGAAUGAGGAUAAGAAUGAAAGUGGCACUGGCAUUGGGUGUUGUGGUUCUUUGUAUUGGGAUUGGGGUUGCUGUUAUGCAUUUUGUUGAGAAGCUUGGGUGGGUAGAUGCAUUUUAUUUGUCAGUUAUGUCAGUUACCACUGUCGGGUACGGUGAUAGGGCAUUCCAAUCAAUGACUGGUCGUAUCUUUGCAUCCAUUUGGUUACUUGUGUCUACACUCGCAGUUGCUCGAGCCUUUCUCUACUUAGCUGAGGCCAGAGUAGAUAAACGUCAUCGGAAAAUGGCAAAAUGGGUGCUUGAUCAGGAUAUGACUGUUGCGCAAUUUCUUGCUGCUGAUAUGGAUAAUAAUGGAUUCGUGAGUAAAUCAGAAUAUGUGAUAUACAAGCUGAAAGAAAUGAGGAAGAUCACAGAGAAAGAUGUAUUACUGAUUUGCAAACAGUUUGAACGGCUGGACAGUGGCAACUGUGGAAGAAUUACCCUCGGUGAUCUAAUGGAACACCACCAUUAAACGUCGAAUUUGGUACCUUCCUAUUGGACACCAGGGAGAGGGAAAAAAAACAGAUAAACAGAGUUAUAGCAGCAUCUAGGAUUGGCAACUGGACAGGGCAAAAAAACUAUCUUGUCUAAAUGUGGCCUGCUGUAGAAACUGGAAAGUUGAGUUCCCUAAUUUUAUGGGAAGGGUGCUCUCCAUCCUUGCAGAGAAGUCAAGUCCAAAAAGUGCAGGUUUUUGGAUGAAGUAAGAAAUGGAAAAUUUUGGAAAUGUCUUAUUGGUGGAAAGUGGAAACCUUGCAAAUUUUUGAAGCAAAAGUAUAUUAUUUGUAAAUAACUACUUAUAUGAUAAGUAAUUUUAGAGGGAGAACAAAAAGGGUAUUCUCAGAAUAAUACAUUAAUUAUUUAUUUUGUAAAGAAUUUAUUUUCGAAAAUCACAUAUAUAAUGUG